CCUCAGAUCGUAGGAGCCUCGCGUUCGCAGCACAAUUACGCCACAAGGAAGGGAGCGCAAGAGUAGGCGAGGGUGAUGUGGCCGAGGAUCUGGGACCUGGGGAACUCGGGUCAGAAGAUGAUGCAACCCAGAUGAGAGAAAUUCACUUGACAGAGUUAGAGCGGGAAAGCGCCAAGGUGCUAGCGAUACGUCUGUUGUUAACAGGUAUGUCGAAUGCGAGUGAGCGAGUGAGCGAGUGCGAGGAGGUGAGGGAGGGCUCGCAGUCGCGAGUAAUAUUCCGCCGGACCCACCGAGAUUCUCGAGGGCGAGCACCGUCAGAUGGCCGAUCGCAAGGAUCACAGUCGAACGGAGGGAGGGCAAACGACAGGUGUUCCUGCUACGACGAGCCCUCAGUUGGUGCGCAAAUUUGGUAGAGACGUGCAAUUCUCAAACAUUAUGCACACAGUCAUCAUUCUCAUUCUAGAUCUAUGAUUGUUGACUUCUGGCUAGCGUUUCAUCAUAGCGUCCUGUGGGGGGAGAGCGAGGAGGCAAUAUUUAUAUUAUUGUUGGUCUCUCUAGCUCUUUCGCAGCUUGAAAAGGUCGAGGCUCCGGGCGGCCAGUGGAAGCGCUCUCCUUUUGAAUCUGUAAGAGCUCGGUGACCCUUUAGCUCGGCUCAAUAGAUUUCGUAGCUGCAGUGGCGGGGCAAUGCGGGGGCAGUGCUUGAGUGAGCUCGGGUCGGGGUCAGUCAAUCAAUAGACGAUAGAUAGAUUCGUUUCGUUAUGCUUUAUUUGUCUGGCUCUUUUCCAUCUCGGAAGGGUCGACACAAUUCACGAUCAGAACUGCCCUCGAGCGCGAUCGCUCGCAGCGAGCGAGCGAGCAACGACCAGUGCCGGAUCAUGACGACGAUGCUGCUGCUGCUGCUGCUUCUGUGAAGGCCGCCCGACGCCCGACGCCCGCCGCCCGCCCGCCCGCCUGCCUUCGACUUCGACCAGCUUAAGGCCCGGCCCAGCACCAUCGCCGGGGGCAGUUGGCAGCUGCAGACGCAUGCGAGCGCAGCCAGUACUUCAGCGUUUGCCAGCGUUCUAACCCUUUAAUGUGUUGCUUCAUCUUCUGGAUGUUUCACAGACAAUUGCUCUGUGUCGGCUCCUCCCGACUUGAGGCUACUUGCGGUGAAUCGUGUUCGCCUCACGCGCGCUGCUCGAGCUCUCAUUUCCCCUUCCAGAGAGCAUGGCGUACGAGCAAGCGCGGAUGAUGGCCAACCCGCCGCCCAAAGUAGUCAUUCCUGUGAUGCUCGGGGUUCUGACUGCCGGCAGGCAAACGAUAAACGAGGCUCGCGUGCUGGAAGCUCGGAUUUUGGAGAAACUCGACUCCGUGUCCGAGCUCGAUCUGGAUUUUAGGCUCAUAGAGGAUAACGAAAUGGCGACGCUCGGCCGAGCCUUCCAGCAGCGCCCGUUCCCGGGCCUCGAGAUCCUGAGCUUAUCGCAAAAUCGGGUCGAGGAGCUGGCCAUGCCCCAAAUUGCCCGGGCCAUCGAGACCGGCAACUUGUCCAACUUGAGAAAACUCAAUCUGUACAAAUGUCGCAUAGAUGGCGCCGGCGCCAUAAUGCUGGCCGAGGCCCUGCAGUCUGGAAACCUCUCGCGCCUGCAAAAUCUCGAACUGUCGUACAACAAUAUCGGCGACAUGGGGCUGGUGGCCAUCUCCAAUGCGCUGGCGUCCGGCUACGUGCCGGCCAUCAAAACCCUGUCGUUAGGCGGCGAUGUCGAAACCCAGGGCGAGGGGUUUCAUGUUCAGGGUUCGCAGGCCCUCGCGCGGGCGUUCCAGUCUGGUAAUUCGCCCCUCCUGGAGGACCUCCAAAUCUGGGGCAUCGUCGAGGAGGAGGGCGUGAUCGCCGUCAUUAAGGGGCUCGAAUCCAGAAUGGUCGGCUGCUUCAAGUCUCUGUAUUUCAGCAACUGCAAAAUUCGGCUCGACGGCGCCAAGGCUCUGGCCCGAGCUCUCCAGUCUCCAAGCUUCUCGUACCUCUCGCUGCUCGGCAUUUUCGAAAGCCCCAUGCUCGGGGACGAGGGAGUGGCCGCCCUGGCCGAGGCUUUCAAAUCCUCCAAUCUGAACAGUCUGGAGCACUUGUACCUAAACUAUGUCCGCAUGAAAGACAAGGGCUGGUCCGAGCUCACAGCGUUACUGGAAGCAGGGCACCUCCCCAAUUUGUCAGGGAUCUACGCCAUAGAAGAUUUUCAUCACAUCUCUCGAUCGAGCGCGGAAGCUCUGGCCAAAGCAUACCACAAUAACACAUCCCUGGUCGCCAAAGUAAUCGUCUGCAAAUGGCCCAACGAAGGUGUGGAAAAGGAAGUGGAGAAUCUCCGAAGCAUUAAUCAGAAUUUAAGAACGUCCACUAGUGCUGAAUAGGCUGCCAACGUGAAAAAUGUCAUCACGUCCCCGGGUCGGACUUCUCUUCUGAUCCGCCCAAUGUCAUGUAAUUUUAUAUCGCACAGAAAUAAGAUUGGCCAACAAAAUUAUGUUGACCGUCGGCUGCAUAUGCCACAAUUGAUUCAAAUCCGCUCUCGAUCUUAUGAAUGCGCUUGCUACCUCUGCUGGUCGUCCUGGCGCCGGAGUAUAUUCCCACAUCUCGUCCUGUCCGAUUCCCCCACCCAGACCCUGGUCCACCACGGCGGAAUCGAUAAUCAGUCCGUGGAUUUGCUCACCUCUGAUUAAAUAUCUUCGUCACGACUGUUUGUGUCGCUGGUGAUCAUCGACCGGCGCUGUCGAUAAUGUGACGGAGGUACAGGUGUCACAGGUUUAAAGGCUCCCGUGUUACCCCAUCGAUCUGUCUGCGUGUUAUUUAGACAAACAUCUGAUUCCGAGCACGUAUAUCAAUAUUCUCAAAAGUCCGCG